CCUUUGUCCAUGUUCCUAAAAACCAGCGGUCUAAGUUGGAUGCCCGGGCACUUAAGUGUGUCUUUGUUGGCUACGGAGGGUAUCAGAAGGGGUACAAGUGCUAUCAUCCACCUACCAGGAAGUACUAUGUCACUAUGGACGUUACCUUCUUUGAGGACAUGAGUUAUUUUUCCUCUUCAGAUACAGCUCUUCAGGGGGAGAAUUCAUAUUUUGAAGAACUGUAUCAUGGAGAGGGGGAGGAAUCAGAAGGAGGAGAAGAAGAAGUCACACAGGCAGGAGGUAUUUUGACGGAUCCAGUUGAAACCAUCAGCUCGCCACCUCUUGAAGCAGUAGCUCCAAACAUCCAGGCACCAGUUUCUAUGGCUGAAAAUGAAGUUGAAGACACAACUGCCCCUCCUGCCAUCGCUUCUACCCCUGACCCACAGCUUCCUGGUACUGAAGAUCACUCAUUUGAGUGGAGGAAGGCAAUGGAGGAAGAGAUGGAGGCGUUGCAGAAGAACAAUACUUGGCAACUUGUGCCUCCAUCACAAGGCAAGAAGGCUGUUGUCACAAUAUACUUGGCAACUUGUGCCUCAACUUGCCUUGUGCCUCAAACAGUCACCUCGUGCUUGCUGGAUAGACUGCAGAGACAGCUAGCCUCUGAGUUUGAGAUGAAGGACUUGGAUUGCAAGUAA